AUGGUCAUACAAAAUCCUGUCACGACAAUCAUGAGUUCGUCUGCAAAAAUAUCAGAAGAAUAUCCAAGUAAUAAGCCCUCCCAAAACUUGGAAGCUACUAAUAAAGCUAGUGUCACAACACAACAAUCACUUUCAGCAUUGUAUUUGUCGAAUAUUUCUAAUCCAUUAAGUACAUUACACAAUCUAAAUAUGGGAUUGCGACACACUUCCGCUAUCGACCACUAUCGUGUACAAUUGUACAACUAUGCGAUUAAUAUGGAACGGUUUCGAUAUCCUCAAUAUAAUCCAUCUACUGCAAUCAGAGCUGCAAAUUUUUCUAGCAGUAGUAACUCAGCAUCUGCAAUAGUAAAUGCAACGGCUUACUUACACAAUGGUCAGUUUUCAUUACCUAUAUUUCCACAGCGUUUCUUUCCGCAAGAAGAACCAAAGCCACAACAUAGUUACAUAGGAUUAAUUGCUAUGGCUAUACUCAGCUCUCCUGACUCAAAGCUCGUUCUAUCAGACAUUUAUCAGUAUAUUCUAGAUAAUUAUCCAUACUUUCGAACGAGAGGGCCAGGCUGGCGCAAUUCCAUACGUCAUAAUCUUUCUUUAAAUUACUGCUUUAUUAAGUCUGGUCGAAGUGCCAAUGGUAAAGGCCAUUAUUGGGCAAUACAUCCUGCCAACAUAGAUGAUUUCCGAAGAGGCGAUUUCCGCAGACGAAAAGCACAACGUAAAGUUCGAAAACAUAUGGGUCUCUCUGUAGACGAUCAAGAUAAUGAUUCACCGAGUCCACCACCAUUGGACUUAACUUCACCGCCGUCUCCACAGCCAAUAUCAUCGGUAUCAUCAAUACCAUCAAACACUUUUCCGUACAUGCAACAUAAUCCACCAAUUUCGACUUUUCGGCAACAGCAAGCGCGGUACUAUCAACAGCAGUUUCACUCAGAAGUUUCUAACAAGAUAUCGAACCAAGGUUCUGAUUCAUCAAAGCAUUUAGUAAGUGCAGCUAUUCAUAAUUGUAUCAAACUAUCUCAAAAUACAAAUUCUAUUAAUCAGCAAGAAGUCAAUAAUCUAAUUGAGGAAAUUGAGCUAGAACAACCAAAUGACGCGAGACCUUACUUCGACGUGCUUCACAGUCAAGUCGUGCGACAUCAAUUCCAAAACACUGCUCCAAGCUCAGCUGAUAACUUAUACACCAAACCGCGAAAAAGACAGUUCGAUGUUGCCUCAUUGUUGGCACCGGAGACUAUAACUAAUAUUCCGAAUUCUGUUGGAAUAGCUAAAACAGAGCACACAUUCAUCACAAAAGUAAGCGUGCAACAAAGUAUUCAGCAGAAUAUAAUGGUGGCACCGCAAUUCAAGCAGCCUCUGCAAUCACAAAGUAUAAAUGCCGAAGAGGAUAUCGAUGUUGUUGCCAGUGAUGUGGAGCACGAGAACAAUAUAAGUCUCCAGGAUGAUUUUUAA